CCCGCCAUUGCAACAGCCGCAAAUGCUGGAGAGACCAACAUCAUGGAAACAGAAGCCAUUGUUAGUGGUCUUUCGCCUGGAAGUGAGGUCAACGAAACGACAGUUCAUCAACAGACCAGCGGCGCGGGCACAACAACUGCUGCAUGUGAAGAGGUGUUCACCACAAUUCAUAUGGAAACUGAGCAGAUGCUUGCUGACGUGGAUGACAACGAUAGCGGUGCACGAGGGAACAACGUUGUGAUAGAGAAGGUGGGUGGAGAGAGAAACGAGGAAGAUGUUGACAUCGAGGGUCCUCACAGUGGAUGCAUUGUCACAAAUGCAAAUGUGAGAAAGACAAUGGAAGGAGAUAAAUACCUGUACGAUGUGAAUUGGGUAUCAGGUCGUGUUCAACCAGUGUUGAGGCCGAAUGAUGGGACACCGACUGAGGAUGCAAGCCGAUACGCAUUGGAGAUGUACCGUGUUCUACAGGCAAAGGGUGAGUUGCGGCUAAACGAUUUCCUAUAUGACAACUUUGACUGCGGACAGCAGUGGGUGUUGGGUGGCCAGCAACGCAGGGGGGGGACGCCAGUCAGCCAGGACGACGCAAGAAGGGAUCCUCGGCGGGGUUGGGUGCCAUCUGCAAUCCCAUUUGGAUACGGCCGUGUUAAGAUGCAAGUGCGUGAUAUGAUGGGCAAUGUGUGGAGCACGCAUUACGUGAACGGCAUGUUUUCCUUCCGCCAUUUGGACAAAGAAACGACUGCAGACGAAAAGGAGGCGGUGACAUGCCGGCCGCGCGAUGCACGCAUCUUCGACCCGCCAGUUGGCAAUCCUGUCGAGUUUGCCCUGGCUGAAGGAACGGUGUUUGGUGGUGAGAAGAGCAUCACAUAUGUCCACGUAAGGGGGAAAGAAGCCACAUUUGAUGGCAUCUGUAUAGACGUAUGGGACCAUGUGGCAAUGCGGAAGGAUGUGGUUGCAGCCAGUAACAUUGCGGCCUAUGUGAUUCAAGAAAGGCAGUUGUACCAGCAUUUCUUGGUGGUGGUGACACGUAUCUCCGUUUGCAAUCCUCAUGUGAAGGACCGAGGAUUGCUGGAGGAACACGCGCAGCGUUGCUGGGAGAAGAUAAGGGAGGAAGAACGGCAACUGGUGUGCAUGGGAUAUGACUCCUAUAAUGACCAGGCGAUGUGGUCGAUCGUGGAAGACUCGUGCACCGAGCAAGCGCAACCCUCGACAGAUGGAAUGUUUCUGGAGGUCGUUCGACGCAGACGUGGGUGCACAUCACUUCUAGGGUGGGUCCCUGUCGUCUGUCCCAUGACAUAUGACCAUGGUGAACAGAUGUGCAUGAGAUUCAGAGACCCUCUGGGUGUCCCUUUCCAACUCACCUACAYAGACGGAMUGCUGCGGCACAUUCAAUACRUGGGUGAUGACGACGCUCGUGCUGCAUCGAAUGGACAACCAACAACAGAGCAGCAGCAGGACAUUUCACAUUUGCCAAGUCAGGUCGAUGGCCCGGAAACAGCAAAUGAUGGGGGAUGUUUUAAUGCAGAACUCGACGAUGGUGACACCCCUGCGGAGCACGUGACAGGGAGGGCAGAGAAGAAGAAGAAGCAGUGCACAUCUAGGCCGCCUCGUGAACCUGGGAGUUCAACAAAAGCAAAAGGCAAACAAAAAGAUGUCCCAGAUCGAGGUCAGACUUCCAAAGCAGCUGCUGCCCCGGUUCAAAAGCGCAGGCGCCGCGCAGGGAUGGCAGCAUUGGCAGAAAUUCGGCAACUCCAGCGAUCUACUCACUUGUGCAUCGCUUUGAGGCCGUUCAUGAGGGUCGUGCGCGAGAUUGUUGAGAAAGAAAUCACACCAGGGCAAUCUAUCAGGUUUCAGAUGAACGCCAUACGUGCGUUGCUAGAAGCGGCCGAAACAUAUCUCAUCAACCAUUUCGAGAGAACAAACAUCAUUGCUAUCCACUGCAAGAGGGUGACGAUCCUGGUGAAGGACCUGAGGCUGGUUGAUAACUUGGGCAAGGCUCGCCGGGAAUACAAAUAUGAAGACAUUAUCGACGAGCAGAAGAGAGCGAAAAAGCUACUGAAGAUCAAUGCUGCAAGGCAGGUCACGAGGGAAACGCAGGCGGGGAGGGGGGUGUCUGAGAAGACAGCAGCAACACGCAAAGGAGGUGACACUCCAGCGGGGUCGUCGAAGAGGAAAGGAGCACCGCGCAAAGGCAAUCCAGCAAAGAAAAGCAUGGCACGCAAAUAAGAACACAGUGAAGACUGCGCUGAGACCGGUCCGCACAAACACAAAUAUAAUGUGUAUGAGUGUGUAGGUGCGGUGUUGACUCAAUACUCAGCGACGCUG